AUGGCAAGCAUUUUAUUUGAAACUUCGACUUCAAGCUUAUUAUCUGGGGCUGCACCCUUUGCGAUCUCAGAAACCCUGGAGCCAGAUGUUGAGGCUGGUCAAGGAAUGAAGAUCAAAAGUAAUACUACACCAACAGCGCAAACAGAAACUGUACAAACAACAGCCAUACUUCUCUACUUAUUUGGAGGCUUUUUCACCGAUAAUUUUCCUUUAGUAUUUAUUAUCUGCGUGUUAUUAUUGGCUUUUGAUUUUUGGACAGUUAAGAACGUAUCUGGAAGAUUAUUGGUCGGAUUAAGAUGGUGGAAUGAUAUUCAACCCGACGGAACUAAUGUUUGGAUGUUUGAAAGCCGUGAUCCAUCGCGACCAGUCAAUCCAACAGAUUCCCGGAUUUUUUGGAUUUCACUUUAUGCGACAGUAGUUAUAUGGAUCUUUUUUGGGUUCUUUGCUAUAUUCAAACCAAGUUGGCUUCUUAUUGUUGUCGUCGCAAUAACCUUGAAUUUAGCUAAUGUAAUUGGUUACACACAAUGUGAUAAAGAUGCCAAACGUAAGUGGGCAACAGGCUUUGCGGCGAGUGCAGCAGCAUCAAAUCCAAGUCUUGUGGGAAAACUAUUUUCAGCAGGAUUGGGAAGAUUCUUUAGCUAA